CCCAAGUCGAUUACACUGCUUACUCGCGACUCUCAUCAUCCACAACAUGCGACGGCCCCGACGAGCCCACCACCAUAUGCAAUGACGAGCUCACUACCAUGGGAAAUCGCGCCACCAGUGAAAUUCAGCCAAUUUGUUGAUGGGUUCUAGAUAUAAGUUUCUCAUCUUUCUCACCAAUCCUCGCCAUCAAGGCUGUUGCGCACAAUGCCAGCAGUCCAGCCCUCUUCUUCAAGUUCCCUGGUUCUUGUCACCGGUGCUACAGGUUAUAUCGCUGCAUGGGUCGCUCGAUGUCUUCUUGUACACGGUUACGAUGUACGAGGAACAGUUCGCUCAACUUCGAAAGGCCAACAACUUCUUGAAAUCUUCCAAAAACUGACUGGAUACGGCGGACCAAAAUUUGGCAAGUUCGACUUGGUCAUUGUCGAAGAUAUCGCGAAAGAAGGGGCGUUCGAUGAAGCCGUGAAGGGCGUUGAUGCUGUCGAACAUGUCGCCAGUCCUUUUCAUUUCGAUGCUGAUGAUCCAAACGAUAUCAUUGAACCGGCUGUGAAAGGGACGGUUGGGAUCCUUCAAAGUGUGUCAAAGUUUGGGGAGAAGGUGAAGAGAGUGGUUAUCACAUCGUCUUGUGGUGCCAUAUCAGUUGCGAACGGCAAACCGGUCACGUUCGAUGAGACGAAUUGGAAUGAUGUUUCGGUAAAGCAGGCUAGGGAGCAGGGAAAGAAGGCGUUGGGGGUGACGAAGUAUAGGGCCAGUAAGACCUUGGCGGAGAAAGCUGUAUGGGAUUUCGUAUCUGCCAACCCGUCUCUUCUGUGGGAUAUCGUCACUAUCAACCCUCCAUUCGUUUUCGGUCCAACCACGAAUCAUGUUCCCUCCCCCGAAAACCUGGGUACAUCAGCAACUGACUGGUAUAAAACCCUCAUGACCCAAGACGCUGGAGGAAAAUCUCUCGAAUUCCUCGCAACGAAACGUUUCUGUUGGAUCGAUGUACGGGAUGUUGGGGAAGCCCAUGUGCGAGCAUUAGCCAAAGAAGAGGCAGGCGGUAAUCGAAUCAUCAUAUCGACUGAGCCGUUCUGCUGGCAAGAAUUCCUGGACAUAGCGAACUCCCUCACACCGUCACCCUACACCAAGCAUCCGCUUGCUCGCGGAAAUCCGGGUGCUGGAAGUUCUGCUGAACCUCUGUGCAUUUAUAAAGCCGACAGGGCUAAAGAGUUGCUCGGAAUGUCGAACGAGGAGGGUGCGGACUGGAAGUACAAGACCAAAGAGGAGACAACUAGAGAUACAUUGGCUGAAUUCGCUGCGAAAGGCUGGUAA